AUGUCAAGCCAAUUCGCAUUGACGCCAAAUUUGGUAAUUGCUAUCAUACUGGGGGCACCCAUCCUCAUCUUGUUGUACCAAAAUGUUGUCUCCACACCAAAAGAGCUUCGCAAUCUGUACCGAGAAGGCGUCACAUCCAGCAACAUGAGCGAUCAAACAGACUCCAAAUACGACCUCCCAGAAGAUAACAAAGCCAAUGGCCCAGUCCGUAUCAAGGCCAUUUUCGUACACCCUAUCAAAUCCUGCGCACCCGUGGAACUGCAUUGCGCACAGCUUGUGAAGAGCGGUUUCCUGUGGGACCGAUGCUUCGCUCUAGCGACCGAGGUCAAUCGACCAGAGUCAGAGGGGGGUCCGAUAUGGCGCUUUAUCAGCCAGCGCACCAAACCGCUCAUGUCUCAGAUUAAAACUGAGUUAUGGCUUGGUCGUGGAGAUAUCGACGCGAGGGGUCCCCUGGUCCGGUCAGCGGGCUAUCUCGUCUUCAAGUUUCCAGACCCAGAUCCUCUUAGUUGGCUUGAUCGAAUGUGGCAGUUGUUUGAUCUUCGCCAGAAAGAAGUGUCUGUGGUUGUGCCACUACAUCCUGACGAGGCGUACCAAAAAAAGCACGUCAUAGCAAUGAAGCCAUUCACCAUCCAUUCCAGAGAAGCAAAAGGCCUGGAUAUGGGCAAUGCACCAUCGGUAGCCGCCGUGCUCCCCAAACUGAAGCGCUUCCUCAACAUCCCAGAACAUCAAAACCUUACCCUCCUGCAGUGCACACCAAACACGCUUGUGCGCACUGAAAAGAACCUUGCGCCUCUGGAACACAUUGGAAGACCAGCUGUUCACGGCUACACAGACCAACAGCCCGUCAACAUCAACAACCUGGCAUCCGUGCACGCUGUAUCUGCUCUCCUACCUGCCGAAAACCAGCCACUCAACGCCCUUCGUUUCCGCGCAAACAUCUGGAUCACGGGUGCCCCAGCGUUUGAUGAGGAGACAUGGAAACGAUGCCGCGUUGUUCCAAAACAACAAGGUGGCGUUGAGAGUGUGUCGCCCAAGCUGUCUGUUGUCUGCAGGACCUCCCGCUGCACGAUGCCAAAUGUGAAUCCUUGCACAGGUAAAUUUAGUACGGAAACUCCAGAUGGAGAAAAGACGAGGGGACGGGCGCAGCCGAGUUCAACGCUGAUCAAACACCGCACGGUGGAAGAUGGAAAUCCUAAGGCGCUUGGCUACAUCGGUAUGCAUUGCGUCCCGGAGGACUUGGGUUUGGAGGAGGCUGCAACGAGAGAUCAGGGCUUGUAUGUCCGAGUCGGUGAUGAAAUUGAGGUUCUUGGGCGAGGCAUACACCACUAUGGAUCCACUGGUAAUGAUUACUAG